AUGGCUUCCAUCAAACCCGUUCUCAUCUCUGGCGCGGGCCUUGCCUCGCUCCUCCUCGCCCAGUCAUUGCGCCUGUCCAAUAUCCCAUUCCGCAUAUUCGAGCGUGAUGCAUCCUUGGUUUUUCGCGCGCAGGGCUACCGACUGCGGCUCUCCACCGAGGGUCUAGAUGCUAUUGAAUCCGUCCUCGACCCGCCCACCUGGAAACAAUUCUGGGACAAGUGCGGCAAGACCGCCGGGCUGGGCUUUGCCGCUUACAAUGCAGUCACUGGAGAGCAGACGGAGCACAAGGUGGCCGAGAAUCUGUCCUCGCGGGAUGGAAAGGUCGUCGGUAUCAGCAGAGGCGACAUGCGCAGGAUCUUCGCCUCUGGAUGCGACGAGUUCAUCGAGUGGGGGAAGAAGGUGACAGGCUACGAGCUGACAGCAGAUGGUGUGCAGGCCGUCUUUGACGAUGGUACCAAGUCCGUAGAGGGCUCCAUGCUCAUUGGCGGCGAGGGAAUCUACUCCAAGGUUGCCAAGCAGCUCUCCGGUGGCAAGCUCAAGGUCUACGAUACUGGGGCCCGUGGUAUCCAUGGACAAGCACCCACGACCGCCUUCAAGGGCCUUGGCGAGGGCGUCUUCCGACUUUACGAUGAGACCAGUCAUGAGAGCGGCUCCGUUUUCCUCAUCACAAACGUCCGGGCUGGUGAUAUGGACGACCCGAACAUCGAGUUCGGCUGGACAAUUGGCGGCGAGCCGGGUGUUAUUGAAGCCCCCAACAAUGAUUUCAGCAUCGUUGGUAAACCGGCAGCCGAUAUCGCUAAGAACCUUACCAAGAGUUGGAAUGCCAAGUUCAAGCCCCUGUUCGACAAUAUGAACGAGGGCGAAGCUGCUUUCUGGAAGAUCACCUGCUCCACUCCCAGCGGUGUCCCCGAGUGGACAAACGAUCCUCGAGUCACGGUCAUUGGAGAUGCAGCGCACUCCAUGACUCCGGCUGGAGGCAUCGGGGCCAACACCGCUGUCAGAGAUUCCGCACUUUUGGGGCGACUUCUCAAGGAAGCUGGCGGCUAUCGGCCAGGAUUGACGGCUGAGUAUGAGAAGGAGAUGCGGGUGUAUGCUAGUGAGGCUGUGAAGACAAGUUAUGGGACUGCCACUCAGGCAUUUGGAAUUAAAAUUGACGAAGAGACCUCGGCUACAGUAUAA